CCCAUUUCUUAGUUUAACCCAAAAAAGGAUACCAUUUACUCAUAGAAACAAACAUCAAAUCUUUUCCUUCUCCAUGGAGACACACUCAGAUUGCUUCUGGGUUUUAUUUCUUGCAUCCAAAUGCAAAUAUUUUUCUUCCCAAAGCUCCAUUUUGCUUCUUAUUUUUCUUUGCAUGGCUUGGUUAGCUAUGACCUUGUGCUUCUGGUUCAACCCUGGAGGUCCUGCUUGGGGUAAGUGUAAUUGGCUGACCAACAGAGCUGUUGCCACAAAACCAUAUAACACCAUUCCCGGACCACGAGGGCUUCCCAUUGUUGGAAGCAUGAAUCUCAUGGUUAACCUUGCUCACCGCAAGCUCUCCGCUGCAGCUAAAUCCUUUGGUGCCAAGCGGCUCAUGGCUUUUAGCUUGGGUGAAACACGGGUUAUCGUUACAUGCAAUCCUGAUGUUGCCAAGGAGAUUCUUAACAGUUCUGUUUUCGCCGAUCGUCCGGUGAAAGAGUCAGCUUAUAGUUUAAUGUUCAACAGAGCAAUCGGAUUCGCUCCUUGUGGUAUUUACUGGCGAACACUAAGAAGAAUCGCUGCAACACAUCUGUUUUGCCCUAAACAAAUCAGCUCCACUGAGGCACAAAGGCUGGACAUCGCAUCUCAAAUGGUGUCUAUAAUUGCAUGUCAUCGUGGAGAAUUUUCGGUACGCGAUAUACUCAAGAAAGCUUCCCUUAACAACAUGAUGUGCUCGGUGUUUGGCACUAAUUAUCAACUGGGAUCAUCAAUUAUUGAAACUGAAGAACUCAGCCAGCUCGUUGAAGAAGGUUACAAUCUACUGGGGAAACUCAAUUGGUCUGAUCAUCUUCCAUGGCUUGCUGGUUUAGACAUUCAAAAAAUCCGACUUCGGUGCUCGAAACUUGUUCCCAGAGUGAAUAAAUUUGUGAACAAAAUCAUCCAGGAGCAUAAACUCCAAACUGGAACAAAAAACCAUGAUUUUGUCGACGUUUUACUGUCUUUCAAUGGACCUGACAGACUCUCGGACAACGAUAUGAUUGCCGUUCUUUGGGAGAUGAUCUUCAGAGGAACCGAUACUGUGGCGGUUUUAAUCGAGUGGAUACUAGCGAGAAUGGUGCUUCACCCUGAAAUCCAAUCAAGAGUGCAGGCUGAGCUUGAUGAAGUUGUUGGGGGAUCACGAACGUUGAUGGAAUCAGACGUUCUAUCGACGGUUUACCUACCGGCGGUGGUGAAGGAGGUUCUCAGGCUUCACCCGCCUGGCCCACUUCUAUCAUGGGCCCGUUUAGCAAUCUCAGACACAACUGUUGAUGGAUAUCACGUGCCUGCGGGGACCACAGCCAUGGUGAACAUGUGGGCCAUCACAAGGGACCCCGAUGUUUGGGUGGACCCAGUUAAGUUUAUGCCAGAGAGAUUCGUGUCCAAGGACAGUGGUGACGUGGAGUUCUCCGUGUUGGGGUCUGACCUCAGGCUGUCGCCGUUUGGCUCCGGCCGUAGGAGUUGUCCCGGAAAGACACUGGGCUUAGCCACUGUUACCUUCUGGGUGGGCACCUUGUUGCACGAGUUUAAGUGGGUGGCAUCAAAUGAUAACCAUCCGGUCGAUCUGGGUGAAGUCCUCAGGCUCUCUUGUGAAAUGGCUAACCCACUGAAGGUCAAAGUGCACCCCAGGCACAGAUAGAGAACUGAUAAUAGCAGAACAUGGCAUCAGAUGAGUCUAAAAAAAAGCCAUUAUCCUUAAAUUAUGAGCUAUGGUAUUUUUCUUAAUAUAGGAAUCUGUUAGCUAUGGUAUUUUGUCUCUAUAAAUCUCAUCUUGACCGUAUAUAAAUAUUCUAGGAAAAUAAGC